AUGAAGUACAUCGAGCAAUUCCAGAAGGGUUACAAGCCUCCAUUCCAGGAGCAGAGCGACGCGCCUGGCCUGCAAGCCAAGCUCAAUCCUCAGCCCAUCAACGAUGUUACCGCCGAUGGAAAGCCCUACAAGGCCUCAGGCAAACUUGAGGAACAGAGCGUUAUCAUUACCGGCGCAGACAGCGGCAUUGGGCUUAGCACGGCUAUCCUCUUCGCUCUCGAGGGUGCUGACCUUACGCUGACGUACACGCCGAAGGAAAAGAAGGAAGCAAAGGCAGCAGAGGAAGAGAUCAAGAAGAAGACCAAUGGCAAAUGUAAAGUCCAGACUCUUGAGUACGAUCUCAGGAAGGAGCAGCAGUGCAUUGAGCUUGUCAAAAAGCACCUCUCUUUCCACGGAAAGCUUGACGCCCUUGUACUCAACCAUGGCACUCAAAACGCCAAUACUGAUUUCCCCUCCCUACCCACCGAGCAAUGGCAUGAUACUUUUGACACCAACAUCCACUCAUUUUUCUACAUCUGCAAGGCAGCUAUUCCACACCUCCCUCCAGGCGGAACCAUCAACUUCAACGCUUCUAUCAAUAUGGCGGUUGGGCACCCUGAGCUCAUCGACUACACUGCUACAAAAGGUGCCAUGAUCGGGAUGAUGCGCGCGCUCAGCAACCAGCUCGUCGGUGACAAGGGUAUCCGCUGUAAUGCAGUUGCUCCUGGUCCAAUCUGGACGCCUCUAAUUCCGGCGACGAUGACAAAGGACUCGAUCGAGAAGUUUGGUACCAGUGUGCCUAUGGGCCGUGCGGGUCAGCCCAUUGAAAUUGCGACGGCAUUCGUCUACCUCGCAUCUCCUGAUUCAAGUUACAUCAGCGGACAAGUUAUUCACAUCAAUGGGGGCGUUGUCAUCGAGUAA